AUGGCGGUGGCGCCGCAGGCGCCGCUGGUGCUCAAGAUGCCAGUACUUAAGGUGCUGCUGGUGCUCAAGGUGCCGAUACUUAAGGUGCCGAUACUUAAGGUGCCGCUGGUGCUCAAGGUGCCGGUGCUUAAGGUGCUGGUGCUUAAGGUGCCGCUGGUGCUUAAGGUGCCGAUGUUUAAGGUGCCGAUGUUUAAGGUGCCGCUGGUGCUCAAGGUGCCGGUGCUUAAGGCCUCGCUGGUGCUCAGGGUGCCGGUGCUUAGGGUGCCGGUACUUGAGGUGCCGGUACUUAAGAUGCCGGUGCUUAAGAUGUCGCUGGUGCUUAAGGUGUCGCUGGUGCUCAAGGUGCCGCUGGUGCUGAAGAUGCUACUGGUGCCACUGGUGCUCAAGGUGCCGCUGGUGCUCAAGGUGCCGCUGGUGCUUAAGCUAUUUUGGAUUUAG